GCGGAUAUCGGUAGGUGGCGCUAGCUCGGAAACAGACACAUGUGUGGCAAUCUGAGGGCAACAACGCGGAAGUCCGUGUCUGCGGGAAUAAACAACACACCAGGAGCGAAAGAGAAGCGGAUUUUUUUUACCCACAUUUUGUGGUUACUGAACAGCUCGUUUGUAUGAUUAUUUUUUAAAACGUUCGUUCUGUGACCCCGGUGUCUGCUUUCAGCAUCUCCACUGACCUGAUUUUAAAAAAAGUGAACAUUAUAGACAGUACUGAAAAGAGUAAGACACAGGGCCACGUUUUCCAGUUAGACAAGACAACGAGCUUCAAGAAGAAAAACGAGAAUGAGACCCGUCUGUGAAAUGAGAGAGAUGGAUCUCUGCGCAUCCUCCGCGUCUCUCCUGGAAGAAGAACUCGCCUCUGCUAUCGAGCCUGCAGUGAAAGCGGCUGUGCUGAGCGUCAUGUCUGCGAUCACAAGGUUCGUGGACAGUAAAUGUGCAGUUUUCCACCUGAGACUGGACGAAAGAGACAAAGAUUUCGAAAGCGUGAGAUUGCGAUUGGAAAUCGCGGAGAGCGAGUUGAAAGCCGUAAGAGAACGAGAAUGCACGAACACUGCCGAUAAGAACUUCACACACUCUCUCACAAACACCGAUGAACAAUACUGCGGGAUUGACGUUGAUUUCCUUCAUCUACCCGAGUUGGAGCAGCAAGUGCACCGUUUGGACCACUCGAGGACAUCGGAAUGGAGACGCGCAGUGGAAGGUCCUGCAGAGAGAAAUGCUCUCCCUCAUGCUGAGGAAGGGUCGAAGGCAGAAUCAGUUCCCAUUCAAGAGGAGCUCUUUGACCAGGAAUGGUGCAGGAGUCCAAAGCAGGCUACAGAGCUGACAUCUAUUGAAGGGGAGGAGGAGAAACCUGGACUAGACCCUGUCCACAUUAAAGAGGAGUCACCUGAACUGGAUCCUGUCCACGUUAAUGAAGAGAUCCCUGGAAUUGAGUCGGUCAUCAUUAAAGAGGAGGUUCUUGAACUUGAAUCUGACCCCAUUGAAGAGGGGGGUUCUGACCACUUUGAAAGACAGCAGCAAAUUUACGCUGGACAGAAACUGCAUUGCUGCACAGAAUGUGGGAGGAGUUUCACACAGUUACACCAUCUUAAAACACACCAGCGCAUUCACACAGGAGAGAAACCGUAUCGCUGCACUGAAUGUGGGAAGAGUUUCACUCAAUUACAGCAUCUUAAAACACACUUGCGGGUGCACACAGGAGAGAAACCCUAUUCCUGUACUCAAUGUGGCAAGAGAUUCACACAGCGAAAAACCCUUAAAACACACCUCCGAAUCCACACAGGAGAGAAACCCUUUUCCUGUCCUCAAUGUGGGAAGUGUUUCAUACAACAGCAUUCCCUUAAAACACACCAGCGAAUCCACACAGGAGAGAAACCUUACUGUUGUGGUCAAUGCGGCAAGAGUUUCACACAGUUACACCACCUUAAAACACACCGGCGAACUCACACAGGCGAGAAAUAGGAUCUUUUUAAAAAACAGCUUGUUUUAAAAUGCUCAAAGGCUAUUUUAAGAUUGAUCUGUAUAAAACUGUUAUAAAAGAAGUCCUUUAAGAUAUAGAAUAGUUUAUGUAUUUCUUAUUCUUAAUUAAAACAACAACGAAAAGAUGCAGAGACCUGACAAAGUGAGAUGAGAAUUCAGCAUUGCAACAGACACUACAACUGGAAAAUAACACUCAAGGUGUCUAAGGAGAAACAGUGGAACUGGAACUGGAAGUCAAGGCUGUGUUUAAUGUACUGAGCUCCAGCAGAGUCCUUGUACACAGCAGUGCUGUGGGGAAAUCAAACCCUGCUGCUCAGAGGGGAAUGAUUAUCAGCGACACAGGAAACUCAAAUGGAUUCACACUGCGUAGAGAACCGGACUGAACCAUUGCAUGAGAGACUUUAAUACAUGUAAAAAAAAUCACUUCUGUUAGCUAGAAAAACUUUGACAAACGUGUGAAAGAUUUGAUUAAAUCACAAGGCCUUUGAGUUUCUCUUUUUCA